AUGUUUGCUUUGAAACAGAAUCUACUGCCUGUAUCCAGCUUCUGCUGGUGUAUCUGUCUUUGGCUGUCUCUGGUAUCCGCGCAGGAGCAGAAUUCGAGUGCUGUCAUUCAGACAGCGGACUCCUGGACACCGCUAAAGCCUCCACAGAAACGUCAGGCCAGUGUCCCUCUGAAGACUGCAGUCUCUUCAGCAGCAGCAAAGAGUUACGAUCCACCCCCGGAGUUUUAUCGAGGACCAGGAUCGAUCCCAAAGUUGGACAACACUGCAGCUGGAUUUAUAUCCAAGCCGAUUGGAGCGAUUCCCCUUGGAGGCACACCCAAGAUUGGUGGCUUUAAAGAGAAUCUCAGUGAGGCCUACGAUAAGUGGCGCCAAGGAGGUCGUCCCCUUCAGGAUCGGAUUAGCGUGGGUCACUACGGAAGCAGUGGAAGCGGAUCAGGAGGCAAAAGCUAUGCCUAUGAAGGUCAUCCCUAUCCAUAUGACUACGGACCAGGACCCGCACACGGAUACGAACAGGGACCAGUCCCCAGUCACGAAUACGGAUCUAGUGUCGAAGUAGGAGGGCCGCCAUACCAAGUCUACAGGCCUCGGCCCGAGCAGGGCCAUUAUGCCGGACCUGGUAUAGAAUACACCUACAGCUCGUAUCCAAUCGACUCUCACGAGAUCGUAUCGCACAAAGGAUCACCAGAAAUCUCCCCUAAAGCUCUGCUGGCCAAGAGCUUCCUCAUUCCUCUGGCCAGUGCAACAGUUUUGGGCAUAGCAGCAGCCCUGAUAAACAAUCCCCUGCUUUUGCAACUAGCCCCAGUUCCAGGCCUGGGAGUCGGAGUGGGAGUCGGCCCACCCGUUGUGGGCAGGCGGAAGAGACGAAGACGUGCUCUUCGACUAUAGGAACGUUCCUUUACCCUUAAAUUAUAUUUUUCCUAU